UUCGAGGGUCGCAUUUCCAGCUGAUUUGAAUGAGACAAAGGCUCGGGAAAAAGGUUGGAGUUCCUCAGUAGGGAAUUGGUGGGCAAAGUGUCGUGACAUCUUAAAAGCCAAGCAAGCAAACUUCGCAUCUCACAACUUCAGUAGGCACAAUGGCAUACCUAAUGGCAGACAUGUCCAAUGAUGUCUACGACCACCAUCCUGACACUUACGAUCUUGUGGGUAAAGACCGCGAACUCGGUCCGUACACGCUUAUUCUCGGCGUCUUCGUCACUUUGAUCCCAAGGCUCAUUCCCAGAAUUCUUCCCCGUUUCAUCAAAAACGAUGAAGUCCGAGAGAGAUUUGACGAUGAGGUUUACAUGAAGGACAUUGAGGAACAAUUCAGACAAAGGUUCUUGGAGAAUCUAGGGAUUUUCGAGACAUUGGUGUCAACCUGGAGGGACAAUGGCUUGGACCUGAGCCAGUUCGGCAUCAACCUAGGGCCUGACAAGGCUUCUGCCAAAGACGACUUGGUCGCUGGAAACCCGGAGAACUUCCAGAACGAUCUGUUGAGGGGCAUUCAUUUUCUCCAAAGUCGAGUGUCCAAUCAUGCACGAAAGGAUGACCGCAUCGCUCAGAUUGCAGAAACUGUCUGGGGUGUCUUUACUACCACUUAUAGAACCGUGACCAAUUACUUGGAAAGCACCACAGCCUAAGACUGGUUCAGGAAAAGCUCAUACUCGGGUGAAUUUCAUGAACAAAAUGCAUCAUAUUGAUACGGUUCGAUUAUUCGUGUCCAGUUUUUUGCUAUGUAUUACAAAAUACCAUUCUGUGCGAACAAUUACGUUACAACUCUCUCUUGCGAUUUUCAAUACACAUCAGAAAAAGAUAUCAGAAAGACAAAUAAAAAGAAAAUAUACAUCAUUUAUGCAUUACAACAUUGUCAU